AUGGAUUCUAAUGAUAAUAAAACCAUCAUGAAUACCCAAGAUUUAAAUAAUGCUAUUCGUGUCGAACUUAAUCGACAAAAUACUGUUAUCAACCAACUUUCUAAAGAUUCGGGAAUUGAAGAACACAUUAUUCGGAAUAUGAUGAAUGAGAAGAGACCAGUGGUUAAAAAGAAGGAAAAUCUUACCGCGUACAACAUGUUUGUUGAGGUUCAAAAUAGAAAAUCACAAGGAAAAGAUAAAGAUUAUCAAGUGAUCUGGGACUCUUUAGAUUCGGAACAAAAGUUAGCAUAUCAAAUAAUUGCCAAUCAACAUAACCUUGAACAUCGUUAUUCUGAAGUUAAAUUUAUCAGUAACCCAGAAGAACGUUUAAAUACUUUAAAAGAUGAAUGUGGUUUUGAUUUCUUGGUCAUCACUAUUGAACCAAAAGAGUUGCCAGAAACUUCCUUUGGGUUUGGAAGCCUCCUUGCAGAUGAUUUUUGUAUUGAACAGCCUGAAGAAGUUUUACAAAUCAGUAAAAAAUUGUAUAAUUAUGGCGAAUCUACAAGGAAUUUGCAAAAUGAAACCGAACAAGCAGAUUUAAGAAAUGAUCGAUUCGAGUCUCUAAUAGAUCAAACAUUAUCAUCGAAUUAUCAAUUGUCAUCUACAAAUGAAAACGCAAAAACGGAUAUUAGUGAAGAAACUGAAAGUGAGUUAUCUACUUCUUUGACCGAAAGUAAUUGUACGAAUUUUGGAGGAAUAAAUGAAGAAGCAAUUGAAACUGAUUACGAAUCUGAUGAUGAUAAGACUGUUUGUGAUGAUGAACGAGAUUUAAUUAAACAAGAUCCUUUAUAUGAAUUACUUGGCCAAGAUUAUAUGACUGUUCAACUUGAUAACCGAUUAAAAUCUGCUGUGAGAAAAUUUUUGAGAGCAAGGUUCUAUUCAGAUACUGGAAAAAUUACAAAUAUCCCUUAUAAAGAUUGGGAAAACCAAACAAAAUAUUCAGUAACUGGAUGGCCUAAACAUAUAAAAUUUGAUGAUUGGGGAAGAAUUAAAGAAAAAAGAGAAGUAUAUCGUCAUUUACUUAAUAUUCAUUUUCAUGUUAACGAGGAAGCACCAGAAUAUAAAAGAUUUAGAUCUUCUAAUAAGAAAAAAAGAAGAUUAGUAUAA